AUGUUAUNCAACCAAAGCAUUCUUUUUACUUACCCAACGAGCACAAAACUACGUGCCCCAAAUUAUACAUUUAAUGGCAACCUAUAUCCUGAAUACGAAAGCGAAGAUACACAAUUCCCAGAUAAUCAUUCAAAAGAUCGUAAUGACACCAUGCCCCACGAAGGAAUAUCAUUCUCAGUCGAUGAUUUACGAUCAUUCCUAGAAGGUCGAGCGAAUUUGUCAAGGAAUCAAAAAGCACAAAUUGAAGCUUACUUAAGCAAACAACCACCAUCGGAUCGAAGUAUAUUUUCACAAUAUUCACUGAGCACUAAGCUACCAAGCAGAGAAUCUCCAGCUGACGACAAGGUACACACUGGUAGUCCAAGCCAAAGUACACAGUCACCACGCCAUCUUACAAAGGUACCAUCAUCCGAUUUGCGAGAUUUUAACCGUACUAUCCAUGCUGAAGAAAUAUUAUUUUCAAAUGAUGACUUACGAUCUUUCCUAGAAGGUCGUGCCAAUUUGUCAAACAAGCAAAAGGAGCAGAUUCGAACGUAUCUAAGUACAGAGUCAUCAUCCAAUCAAAGCAUUAGUUCCAGUUCCCCAACGAGCACAAAAGUACGGCCCUCAAAUUAUACAUUUCAUGGCAACCUAUAUUCUGAAUACGAAAGCAAAGACACACAAAUCCCAGAUAAUCAUUCAAAAGAUCGUAAUGACACAAUGCCCCACGAACGAAUAUUAUUCUCAGAGGAUGAUUUACGAUCAUUCCUAGAAGGUCGAGCGAAUUUGUCAAGGAAUCAAAAAGCACAAAUUGAAGCUUACUUAAGAAAACAACCACCAUCGGAUCGAACUACAUUUUCACGAUAUUCACUCAGCACUAAGCUACCAAGCAGAGAAUCUCCAGCUCAUGACAAGGUACACACUGGUCGUCCAAGCGAAAGUACACAGUUGCAACGCUAUCUUACAAAGGUACCAUCAUCCGAUUUGAGAAAAUUUAACCGUACUAUCCAUGCAGAAGAAAUAUCAUUUACAAAUGAUGACUUACGAUCUUUCAUAGAAGGUCGAGCUAAUUUGUCAAACAAGCAGAAGGAGCAGAUUCGAACGUAUCUAAGUAGAGAGUCAUCAUCCAAUCAAAGCAUUAGUUCCAGUUCCCCAACGAGCACAAACGUACGAGUCACAAAUUAUACAUUUCAUGGCAACCCAGAUCCUGAAUACGAAAGCAUAGACACACAAUUCCCAGAUAAUCAUUCAAAAGAUCUUAAUGGCACAAUGCCCCACGAAGGAAUAUUAUUCUCAGAGGAUGAUUUACGAUCAUUCCUAGAAGGUCGAGCGAAUUUGUCAAGGAAUCAAAAAGCACAAAUUGAAGCUUACUUAAGCAAACAACCACCAUCGGAUGAAAGUACAUUUUCACGAUAUUCAAUCAGUACUAAUCUACCAAGCAGAGAGUCUCCAGCUGAUGACAAGGUACACACUGGUCAUCCAAGCGAAAGUACACAGUCACCACGCUAUCUUACAAAGGUACCAUCAUCCGAUUUAAGAGAAUUUAACCGUACUAUCCAUGCAGAAGAAAUAUCAUUUACAAAUGAUGACUUACGAUCUUUCCUAGAGGGUCGAGCGAAUUUGUCACACAAGCAAAAGGAGCAGAUUCGAACGUAUCUGAGUAAGCAAUCAUCAUCCAAUCAAAGCAUUUUUCCCAGUUACCCAACGAGCACAAAAGUACGAGCCACAAAUUAUACAUUUCAUGGCAACCUAUAUCCUGAAUACGAAAGCAAAGACACACAAUUCCCCGAUAAUCAUUCAAAAGAUCUUAAUGACACAAUAGCCCACGAAGGAAUAUUAUUCUCAGUCGAUGAUUUACGAUCAUUCCUAGAAGGUCGAGCGAAUUUGUCAAGGAAUCAAAAAGCACAAAUUGAAGCUUACUUAAGCAAUCAACCACGAUCGGAUCAAAGUACAUUUUCACGAUAUUCAAUAAGUACUAAGCUACCAAGCAGAGAAUCUCCAGCUGAUGACAAGGUACACACUGGUCAUCCAAGCGAAAGUACACAGUCACCACGCUAUCUUACAAAGGUACCAUCAUCCGAUUUGAGAGAAUUUAACCGUACUAUCCAUGCAGAAGGAAUAUCAUUUACAAAUGACGACUUACGAUCUUUCCUAGAAGGUCGAGCCAAUUUGUCACACAAGCAAAAGGAGCAGAUUCGAAGUUAUCUAAGUAAACAAUCAUCAUCCGAUGAAAGCAUUUUUUCCAGUUACCCAACGAGCACAAAGCCACCAACGAGAAAAUAUACCCUUGAUGACAACGUAUAUCAUGAGUAUGAUACCGACGAAAGACACUUUCCAGAUUAUGAUUCGAAGGUUCCAUUAUCUGAUUCAAAUGAUUUUAGUCGCACAAUUGACAAACAAGGAAUAUUAUUCUCAAACGAUGACUUACGAAAUUUCCUAGAAGAUCGAGCGAACUUGUCAAAGGAGCAAAAGAUACAGAUUGCAGCUUAUUUAAAUAAACAAUCCACUUCGGAUCAAAGCGGUUUGUCUAGGUAUUCAACGAGCACAGAACAGCCAAGCAAAAAAUAUGUACCUGAUGCCACAGGAUACCCACGCUAUCAAGAUGGGAAUACCCGGUCGCAAAGUUAUGCAACAAUGACUCCAUUACUUGAUUCGAAACAUUUGAAUCGCACAAUUGAUGGAGAAGAAAUAUUAUUGUCGGACGAAGACUUGCAAUCCUUCUUACAAGGACGUGCGAAUUUCUCAAAGAGUCAGAAAGCACAGAUUGAAGCCUAUCUAAGUAAACAAUCAGCAUCAAAUCAAAGUCUUUUUUCAAGAUAUUUAACGAGCACAAAACUGCCAAGUGGAGAAUAUACACCUGAUGUCAAAAUAAAUACUGACCAUCAAAGUGACACUACCCAGUCCCAACGUUAUGUAACGAAGACAGCAUUUUCCGAUUGGAAAGAUGUUAAUCGCAGUUCCAAGAAAGAAAGAAUAUCGUUCUCCGAUGAUGACUUACGAUCUUUCAUUGAAGGUCGAGCGAAUUUGUCAAAAAACCAAAAGGCACAGAUUCGAGCGUAUCUAGCUAAACAAUCAUCAUCCAAGCAAAGCAUUUUUCCCACUUACCCAACCAGCACAAAAUCAGCAGCCAGAAAAUAUACACCAACUGACAACAUAUAUCCUGACAAUGAUAGUGAAGAUGCACACUUGCCAGAUUAUGAUUCAAAGAUGCUAUCAACUGAUUCGAAAGAUUUCAAUCUUGCCAUGGACAAAGAAGGAAUAUUAUUCUCNAUUCGAGCGUAUCUAGCUAAACAAUCAUCAUCCAAGCAAAGCAUUUUUCCCACUUACCCAACCAGCACAAAAUCAGCAGCCAGAAAAUAUACACCAACUGACAACAUAUAUCCUGACAAUGAUAGUGAAGAUGCACACUUGCCAGAUUAUGAUUCAAAGAUGCUAUCAACUGAUUCGAAAGAUUUCAAUCUUGCCAUGGACAAAGAAGGAAUAUUAUUCUCUGAUGAUGAUUUGCGAUUUUUUCUAGAAAAUCGAGCGAACUUGUCGAACAGGCAAAAAGCACGGAUUGAAGCUUAUCUAAGUAAACAAUCAUCAUCAGAUCAGAGUAUUUUUUCAAGAUAUUUAACGAGCACAAAACUGCCAACGGGGAAAUUUACACUUCAUGACAAAGUAUACCCUGCCCAUGGAAGUGAAAGUACGUCGUCGCGAAGUUAUGCAACAAAGACUCCAUUAUGGGAUUCGAAACAUUUGAAUCGGACAAGAAAUGGUGGCGAAAUAUUAUUCUCGGACGAUGAUUUACGAUCUUUCGUAGAAGGCCGAGCGAAUUUGUCGAAAGAGCAAAAGGCGCAAAUUGAAGCUUAUUUAAGUAAACAGUCGUUAUCCAAUCAAAGUACUUCCUCGACUUAUUCAACAGGCACAAAACCAGGAGUCAGAAAAUACACACCUCAUGAUAACAUAUAUCCUGACUAUGAAAGCGAAUAUACACAGUUGUUGGAUCAUAAAUCGAAGAAACCAUCUUCGGAUUCCAAGAGUCUAAAUCGAACAAUUGAUGGAGAAGAAAUAUUAUUCUCGGACGAUGAUUUACGAUCUUUCGUAGAAGGCCGAGCGAAUUUGUCGAAAGAGCAAAAGGCGCAAAUUGAAGCUUAUUUAGGUAAACAGUCGUUAUCCAAUCAAAGUACUUCCUCGACUUAUUCAGCAAGCACAAAACCAGGAGCCAGAAAAUACACACCUCAUGAUAACAUAUAUCCUGACUAUGAAAGCGAAUAUACACAAUUGUCGGAUUAUAAAUCCAAGAAACCAUUUUCUGAUUCCAAAACUCUCAAUCGCACAAUUGAUGGAGAAGAAAUAUUAUUCUCGGACGAUAAUUUACGAUCUUUCGUAGAAGGGCGAGUAAAUUUAUCCAAAAAGCAGCAGGCACAGAUAGAAGCUUAUUUAAGUAAAAAAUCGUCAUCCAAUCGAAGUAUCUUCUCGAAUUAUUCAAUGAGCACAAAGCCAGGAGGAAGGAAAUAUAAGCUUGAUGGCAGUAUAUAUUCUGAUUUUCUAAGUGAAGAUACACGGUUGCAAAAUCAUGAUUCGAAGACACCGUCGUCUAAUUCGAAAGAUUUAAAUCGCACUGUCGGGAGGGAAGAAAUAUUAUUCUCCGAUGAUGAUUUGCGAUCUUUCCUAGAAGGUCGAGCAAACUUAUCAUACAGCCAAAAGGCGCAGAUUGAAGCUUAUCUAAGUAGACAAUCGUCACUCACACAAAGCACUUUUCCAAGUGUUUCAACGAGCACAAAAACAUUGGCGAAAAAGCAUACAUCUGUUGGCAAUAUAUUUUCUAGCUUUCAAACCGAGAAAACGCCUCAGCAACGUUAUGUAACAAAGUCACUAGUUCCUGAUUCGAUAGAUAUUAGCAGAGUUGUCGAUUCGCAAGAAAUUUCAGUGUCUGAUGAUGAUUUGCAAUCGUAUUUAGAAGGACGAAGUAACUUAUCGUUGGCUGAAGAUGCACAGAUUCGGGCAUAUUUAGCAAAACAAACGUCUCUGAAUAAAAUCACAUUUUCAAGAUAUCUCACAAGUAAAAAUACGCCAACUGAAAUAUCAACGGCUGACGAAAAAUUAGAAGGUUUUUCUGAAGAAACAAGUUUUUCGCUAAGCACACCACCUCAAUCAACAGGUUUUCAUCCCGUUUCGAAAUAUUUAAAUGGUACACUUAGUAGUAGUAGAGCAUCAUUAGAAUUAGCUUUACAAAACUCAGCUUCUGUCAUACCAAUUACAACUAAAAACCCCACAGAUAUAAGACGACUUUGGCAAUCGAACAUUAAUGGUAGUAAUGAUUUUGACCGUAGUAUCGAACAACUUUCUGAUGUCUUUACUGAAUCAAGUGACGAUAGGGAUUUAUCGAUUCAUUCACUUAAUGAAUAUUCUCAAUUGUCAACUUCAAAAUCUUUUAUCUCACCAUUCCAGAGAGAUACCUAUGUUACGUCAGCUAAACAAUCACUUCAUUCAAGAACAUCAAUCAAGACCCCAUUGAAAGAAGUUCUAGUAACAAUUCCAUUAGAUAGAACAAAAUCAGACUUUAUAUUCGGUGAAAAAUCUCGAAUUGAUAAUCAAAUUCAUCGUCUAUCAACAGUAUCGUCAUCAGAUCAAUUAACUCGAGACAUUUCUGAUGUAAAUCUCAUAUCAUCUACGUUAUCUAUUAAUGAUUCAUCAAUUGUAAAAAAUCAUUCUCUAGUAACUCAAUUCAGUUCAAUUCUCAUUGAUAAAAAUGCUACUAUACACUCUUAUAAUAACAACCAACAGGUAACCGUUCAUGACGAUGAUGAUAAAAUAAAUGUUUCUCUUUUUUCAACGAAAUUGAAAUCAACAAUGGAUUGGAAAAUUUCACAAUCUACUCCACGACAAUUAAUAUCAACCAAAGUUCAAAGUAUCUCAUUUGAUAAAACUUCAAAAUCUCCUGCAGACAUUAAAACUGGUCAAACUUCAUCAAACUUAGUAAUAAUUUUACCUGAUAAUAUGACAACUAUAGAUUCAUUACCACUAGUGACUCAUGAGUCGAAUACACAAACUACUGUUCACCAAACUCAAAUAUCUUCUCCAAAAACUCAUACUAUUAAAGUUCCUACAACUCUUCAAAAUCUUACCUUGUUACAAAAUCAAUCUAAUAUAAACGACACAUCAAAACCAUAUGAUAUUGUGAGAGAUAAUCUUAAUGAUGAAUCUAUUAACAUUAAACAAAUUUCAAGAUUACCAACUUUAAUCACAAAUGAUACAUUGAUUUUAAUUACAACAUCCGGUUAUAUUAAUCAAAAUAUAAAAGAUGAAAUUAGCCAUAAACAUUCUUCGGCAAUGUCAGUAGAUGCCAAUGUUACCUCUACCUUUCGCUCAUCAUUACCGCUUAUUACGUCUAAUACAACCCUGCUUCCUUCACGUCGUUCACCUUUAUCAUCACCAUUGCACUAUUCACGUCCAUAUUCAAGCACUAAAUCACCAAAGUUUACUUCAUUGUCAUCAUCAAAACUCUUUUCAGACCGAACCACUAUCACAACAACAACAUCCACAACGACAACCACCACAACAACAACUACAACAAGCACCUCAACAAUAACAACAACCACCUCAACAACAACAACAACAACCACCUCAACAACAACAACAACAACAACAACCACCUCAACAACAACAACAACAACCACCACCUCAACAACAACAACAGAAACAACCACAACAACCACCACCUCAACAACAACAACAGAAACAACCACAACAACAACCACCACCUCAACAACAACAACGACAGAAACAACCACAACAACAACAACAACAGAAACAACGACAACCACCAUCACCACAACAACGACAACGACAACCACCACUACAACAACAACACCAACAACAAUGCUAGUGUCUACAGGAAUAACAACAAUGCCUUCACAUUCGACUAUUUUUUCGUCACCUACUAGUACAUUACAAUCGUCACCUAAAUUUUCAUCAAUACAAACUACUAAUGAAGCUCGAACAUCACAUGUUAAACAAUCGACAUUAAUUACUACUCUUGUUGAUACGUCUUCUUCGCCUCCGAUAACAACGUAUCAACCACAUUUGACAUCAACUAUUUCUUCUACAUCAUUUCUUACUACUGAUGAACAUUCGUUAACGACAACAUUUGAUUCAUAUACAUCUAAACUUCCCACAACGUACAUCGAAUCAUCAUCGUUAUCAUACGUAGAAUCCACUGAAACAUUCACUACUGAUUAUCAAUCGAUAACCACUACUCUGGUUCCUAGUACUUAUCUUGAUUCUUCUUCCACAAUAACAUCAGAUAAAACGUCAAUACGCUCUACUUUAACUACUACGAAUGAAGAAAAUCUUCCACUAUCUACUUAUCAACCGUUAGAAACAACUGAAACACUACAUUUAUCAUCACUAACUACUGAUCAAUAUCAAGAAGAAUUUACUUCAUUGAAAUUUGUAUCAACAAUUUUUCCUCACGUUUAUAAAUCAAAGAUUCUCUCGACACUUGAACAUUCUGCUGUACGAACAAGUUAUCCAUUAACAACAAGUAUAACUACAACAACGAUUGCAUCAACUACCACCACCACCACCACAACAACAACAACGACAAAAUAUCGAUAUAAAACUCGAAAACCAAAGAUAACUGGUCGGAAAACACAACAAGUAUCGACUAGUUCUUCUUCUCCAACCACUUUCAUUAUAACUUCAUAUCGAACAACCUUUAAGCAUGACUAUGAAUUAUCAACAUCCACACAAAUAUCAACUUGGCCUUCUAAAUGGAAUUUUCCUGAUCAACAACAAUCAACUCUUAUCAGACCUCCAUUAAUUAAAAAUGAUUCUAAUACACCUAUUACUAAUUAUUUACUUAAUCAAAUAUUUAAUAAUAUAUCAACAUCAACAAAUUCUUCAACAGAAAGAUUAAUUGAUUUUAAUCUAAAUGAUUAUCCACCAUCAGCAUGGAAUUUAUCAUUAAAGUCAAAUGAAACUGUUACUCUUAAUGUUAUAUUGCCGAUAUCAUCUGCGUCAACAAAUUUAACAUUUACAAAUAUUGAAGCAAAUCGUAUAUCAGCAAAUAUAAUUGGUAUACCAAUUAAUUUACAAGUUGAUCGUGUACAAACAAAACAAUUUUCAUUAACAAUGAAUGCUACAGAUAAUGGUUUAAAUUCGAAUCGUACAACACGAUAUUUAUCUGAUGUUAUUAUUGGUCAUGUUAAAAGUGAACAAUUUGAAUUAAAUUUAACUAAAACCGAUAAUAUGAAUGUACGGGUACGACAAGUUGAUUCAGCAACAGCUGAACUUUAUCUUGAUAGUAAUUUUUGUACAAAUGAAAGUAGUUUAGAAAUUAAUUUAAAUCUUUCUCAAAAUGGAACAAUUCGUUAUGGUAAUCGAAAACCAAUAAAUAUUGGACCCGUUUUUACUCGAGUACACAUGCUUAAAAAUUCAUGUGAUCGUGAACAACCAUUAGCAUUAUUUUUUGAUAUAUGUGAACGAACAAAUCCAUGCUUAAAUGAUGGUAUAUGUCAAUCUGUUAUACCUGAUUAUGAUGAUAAUUCAAAUACUAAUAGUGAAAUUGGACAUGUUGGUUAUAAAUGUCAAUGUCCAUUACAUACAUCAGGUGAACAUUGUCAAUCUUUACAAUAUCCAUUAGGUUAUUGUUUAAAUAGUGGAACAUUAUUCCAAAUAAAUAAUAUAAAUAAUAAUACAAUUGAAAAAUGUAUCUGUCCAAUAGGUUUUCGUGGUGAACAUUGUGAAGAAAAUAUUGAUAAUUGUAUUGGUAUAACAUGUUCGGAUCAUGGAAUAUGUGAAGAUGGUAUUGAUCAAUAUAAAUGUUCAUGUUUUGAUGGUUUUUAUGGUUCUAAUUGUGAUCGUAAAAAUGUACAAACUGUUUUAUUACAAGCAGCAAGUCGAUCAUUUGGUGUUGUUGCAAUAUUAUUAAUUGCUGCUAUAGCUGGUCUUGUUGUUGCUAGUGAUAUUCAUACAUAUUUAACAAGAAAAGAUGAAGCAUGUCGUUUACCAAAUAAACUUUCACGUGUACAAUCAGAAUUAUUUGAAAAUUCAGUACUUUUACUUGGAUUUAGCGAAGCACCUAUUGAAAUGAAUGAUUUGUCAGCUACUCGAAAAUUAAAAAAACCAAUAGUACUAAAACAACGUCAAACAAAUAGAACAACAAGAAAUAGAAAAUCAACACAUUAUCAACAAAUUUCAAGAGAAAAACCAUUAACAACCGUUCCGAAAUCAUCAUCUAAACAUUCUGUAGCAUCAAAUCAACUAAAUCAAACAACUGUUUAA